GCUCCGUAAGUCUCGUUUACUUUCACUUUCGUUUUGUGACUUCCGGGCAGUUCCAUACAAAAUGCCAUACUGUUUUGCUUUCGGAUGUACACAUAUUACUGGGGGCAAACAGCAAUGCAGUCUGUUUAGAUUUCCCAUCGACCCCAAAAAAAGAAAGAAGUGGAUCGAAAGAUGCCGGCGAGCAGACAGAGAAUGUACAGAGAAUGAUAGAAUAUGUAGUUGUCAUUUUGUGGAGGGAAAGAAAGAAAAUGGGCCAUCAAUAUUUUCUUUUAACAAGACGUUCAACUUUCCUGAUGUACCUACUCCAAAGAGGUUAAAAAAAUCCAAAGACAAUAAAGGUAAUGAGGAAAACUCAACACUGCCAAUGACAGCAAGCCAUGACUAUGAUAAUGCAGAAAGUCAUCUUUACAAACCUCUAGAAAUUGACCAUUCCUAUUUUAUACAACCAGUAGCAGCAAAUGAUACAUGUCUUCCCAUCCAAAGGAAGACCAAUUCAGGUAGGAAAAACAAUUUCAUUCAUUGUCUAUACUUUAUAAUUCAUGCUCAUAAAAAGAAUGGUACUAAAAGUAACAAGCAGAAUGUCUCAUGCAAGUCUCAUACCCCAGUGAAGGAUUUUCCUAGAAAUAUAAAAGAAACAGUACCAGACCAAAAUAAGAACCUGGGCCAAACUCAGACUGAAUGUAAAACAAUAAUAAAAAAUCACUAGUCAUAUGCUGUAAAA